GUUUAUGGAUUUCUGCAAAGAUGUCAGAAACAACAAAGGCAUCAGCAGCAGCAGACUAAAAAACAGAAGCAACAGAGGUGCAGUCAUUAUAAGAGCAGCAGACUCACUCACUCACCCAUCCAGCACAUAGAAAAAUUAAGUGAGCAGGUGGCAGAAAGCAAGCAAGGAGGAGCAUCAUCAUAGCCAUUAGUAUUAUCCAUGCACAGUAGAAGCAUCUACAAAACCAUUUAAGCAAAACACAAACACCUCCUCACCUUCACUCUUGAACCCAAAAAAUAAAACCUUCAAAAAACUAUCAGAGAAAGAACCCUUUUGUCUCAAAAUGAUGAGUACUGCUAGUGCAAGAAAUAGGUCCCCUUUCACACCAACUCAGUGGCAAGAACUUGAACAACAAGCUCUUGUUUUUAAAUACAUGGUUACAGGAACACCAAUCCCACCAGAUCUCAUCUUCUCCAUUAAAAGAAGUCUAGACUCUUCAGUAUCUUCAAGACUCUUCCCACAUCAUCCCAUUGGGUGGGGAUGUUUUGAAAUGGGUUUUGGCAGAAAAGUAGACCCAGAGCCAGGAAGGUGCAGAAGAACAGAUGGCAAGAAAUGGAGAUGCUCAAAGGAAGCAUAUGCAGACUCCAAGUACUGCGAAAGACACAUGCACAGAGGCAGAAACCGUUCAAGAAAGCCUGUGGAAGUUUCUUCAACACCUUUAACAACCACCACCGCCACAAACACACCAUCUUAUACUAAUAGAAACCUUUCCCUCAGCAACAACAACAACAUGACUUCACCAUCUUCUUUCCCUUUCUCUCCACUGCCCUCAUCUAUUGAGUCCCAGAACUUUUCCCAGUCUUACCAAAACCCUUCUCUAAACCCCUUCUUUUACUCCCAAUCAGCUUCUUCUAGAACCCCUGAUUCUGAUUUUUCAACUCAAGAUGCCACUACCCACCAGCUGUUUAUGGAUUCUGCCUCUUAUUCUCAAGAUGAAAAGGAUUUUAGGAAUGUUCAUGGAAUGAGGGAGGGUGUGGAUGAGAGAGCUUUCUUCCCAGAAGCUUCAGGGUCUGCUGCUAGUGCUAGGAGCUACCCUGACUCAUAUCAGCAACUAUCAAUGGGUUCCUAUAAGUCUUAUUCAAACUCCCAGUUUCAGAAUAUCAAUGAUAACCCAAGACAAGAGGAGCAGCACUUGUUUGUUUUGGGUACUGACUUCAAAUCAACAAGACAAAGUAAAGAGAUCAAAGAAAAUGAGACAACAACACAGAAACCCCUUCACCACUUCUUUGAAGAUUGGCCACCAAAGAACACUGAUUCCUGGCUAGACCUUUCUUCCAACUCCAGAAUCCCAACAGAUGAAUAAGGAUUGUUAAUUAUGAGCUGGUGGAUACUGCCAAGGGAGUCUUAUUGCUGAAGAUCAGUGUUGUGUGGCUGGGGUGAUUUUUCUUUUGCAAAAGGUGUGAUCUUAUUGUGUUAAAUGGGGGACCACACUAGGAUUUGCGUCUGCUUUUAUUGAUAUUUUAUUUUAUAUGCUUCUUUCUUCCCCUUGAAGAAAAGUUAAAAAACAUGUCUCAGAUUUUCACA